AAUAAUACUACUCCGUAAACAUCGAUGAAAAUAUAGUUCACGAAACUGAGCAGCGAACCAUUUUGCAAUCAAUCCAUUUCAAGGCAAAAGGCAGCUAGGCGAAGGAGCUGUUACGACUUUUGUUUUCUUUGGAGAAGAAGAAGAAGAAAGGCAUAAACGGGACGGGUAGAAGAGACUUCAGUCAUCCGUCAUUCAGAUUGGUUCAUCAUCUCAUCUAUCAAGAAUUGCGUUUUCUGUCAGAUUUGAUAGAGAAGUAAAAUGGGUGAUCACUUGGUCUUGAGCAAUGACCACUUAACUACGCCUCUGCCGGCUAAAAUAUCGCAAAGCUCUGAGGCACCUGGACCUUCAGGAAGCAUUACUGUACCUCACAAGCCGGAUUAUAAAUCUGCUCUGCCUAUAGAUAUUAAGGAUGAAGAUGAAGCACCCGGGGAUGCCGGUGAAGAAGAGCCUCUACUUAAGUCUGUAGAGUGCCGCAUUUGCCAGGAGGAAGACACUGUCAACAACAUGGAGGUUCCUUGUUCAUGCCGAGGCAGCUUGGAGUUUGCCCAUAGGAAGUGCGUCCAAAGGUGGUGUGAUGAGAAAGGGGAUAUAACUUGUGAGAUAUGUCAUCAGCCUUACCAACCUGGCUAUACUGCUCCUCCUUGUCCUGAACCUGAAGAAACUACUAUUGAUAUUGGGCCGGGGUGGACUAUUGCUGGAGAUCAGCUUAACUUACAUGAUCCCAGACUGCUAGCUAUGGUUGCCGCAGAACACCACAUUCUUGAUGCUGACUAUGAUGACUAUGCUGAUUCAAGUGCCAGCAGCGCUGCAUUUUGCCGCUCUGUUGCUUUCCUUUUAAUGGCUCUUCUACUUUUAAAACAUGCUCUGAACAUUGGAAAUGGUGAAGGGGAUGAUGAUGAUGUUUCUGCCAUUUUCUCCCUUUUUUUGCUUCGGGCAGCUGCUUUCCUUAUUCCAUGCUACAUUAUGGCUUGGUUUAUUAGCAUAUUACAGCGUCGGAGGCAGAGACAGGAAUCAGCAGCAGCAGAAGUAGCAUUUAUGCUUCAGGCAGGGCGGCAGCACAGAGGUUUACACUUUGCAAUAACACCACGGCCUGCACCACCAGCUUCUCUUCCUCCUCCUCCUCCUCCUGGGGGGGUGCCUUCGUUGUCCACAACAGAAGUCCCGAUCGAGCAAGUAUGAAGGGGAUGAGUGUUUUACUUCAUUGUACGUCCGCCUGUCUGUCUGUCCUUUGUAAAGAUGUUUGUUUAUGUUUUAUAUAUAUGUAUGCACCAAAGAAAUAUCAUAUCUCUUUAUUAUUAUUGUCAUCUUGGUAUGCCAUCUCUUGCUGCCAAUAUUGGUUGGUGGGUUGGGGAUAUGCUGUAUCGCAUUUGUCAAGGGAAGACCUCUCAUUUAACCCUUGGUUUUUAUAAUAAUUCGACAUUCACUUU